GCAGAGAGGUGGGGGGGGGGGGGGGUAUAAUGAGAAAAAAAGGGGGAACAACUAAUUAACUAACAAAAAAGCCUUAUGGCAUAAAACUAAGGAAUAUACACGCUUCAAUCAUUAUCCGAAGUCAUAUUUCACCCAAGAUAGCUAGGUAACAGUAGACAGGAUGUAGAAGGGAGGAUGCAAAAUGUGUAAUGGGGGAGGAGGCGGCAUUAUGUGUCCCAUGCCCCCCACGACCCUCGGUGCCGCCUCUACAUAACAACAAGGAGUGAAAUUACCUCAUCAUCUAUCUUCCCCUUUAGCAUCUCGACUACAGCGCCUAAGGUCACUUUGUAGCAAACAGCAUGCAGUCGAGCCCGCAUCCUUCCCAUUCCAUACGGGCAAGCAUUCGUAUAGCUAGAGAGAAAGAGAGAGAGAAGCAGUGAGCAACAGGGAGGGCAACGGAGGAGGAGUUGUGUGUGUUAACUUAUAGAAGGGCACUUGUACUGUAGACAGCAUGGCUAGGAGACGGUAGUGCUAUCAAGUAGCUUAGAGAUCGGAGAUUGAGAACCUUUCAUUUUUUCUUCUAUUCUACGAUCUUGUACAUGUCGGAAUCACAGGAGACUUAGACAGUCGAGUUGUUAUCAUCAAGAAUGGUCGAGUUACACCCGGCAAUUGAGCUGCCGCUAGCUGCGGAUGAGCUAGAGGAGCUAGCAGGGGACAUGAAGGAUCGGGCCUAUGCCAUGGGGGUGUUGAUCCGCCCCUCCAAGCUCCAGACAGUACAUGGACCCCUUACGCUGCUCCCGUCCACCUUUCCGAGGGACCUCUUCCACAAGGCCAUGGAGUUACAGGCCGAUAUCAAUCUACUUAUGCUGGGAAUAAGCAAAGACGAUGCCUUCCUUUAUUCAGCACUUAAAAGUGUUGUCCCAGUUGACGAGUUCACAAGACGUCUGUAUGAGAUGCACUUACAAGUAAAGAAAGAAGGAAACAUCAAGCCAGUGAACCUUUGCAUCAAUCGGACGGAUUACAUGCUAGACUGCUGUAAGGAGAUUAAUGAUGGUCCUGAUCUUGAUCUGUCUAUGGUAGAGAUUAACACCAUAGCAGCAGGGUGUCCGGCUCUCAGUACCAGAUUAGUAGAUGUACACAGAUAUAGUUUAGAGCAGCUUGGUAUGAACAGAGAGAAGGUGUUAGACCGUGUACCAGGCAACUACGGGAUGGAAGGGGUCGCAGAUGGGAUGGUGACGACAUGGAGAUUAUACGGUGAACCCAAAGCAGUCAUUGUAUUCAUUGUGACAUCGGAAGAAAGCAACAAAUUUGAUCAGAGGUGGAUGGAGUAUGGUAUCAAGGCAAUGGAUGAUGGGGCGAAGGUCAUUAGAAGGACACUCACAGAGAUAGGCGAACGAGCCGAGCUUCGGGGAAACGAUAGACGAUUGUUCAUAGACGAUAUGGAGGUCGCGCUACUUUACUAUAGAACGGGAUACUCACCACGUCAAUAUCCAACAGAAGUGGAGUGGAAUGCCAGGUUAAUGGGCGAGAGAUCACGGGCGGCCGUGUGUCCGUCAGUGGCCAUGCAGCUAGCCGGGACCAAAAAGAUACAGCAAGUACUCUACGAGCUUGGCUCUAUCGAACUCUUCAUCAAAGGAAAGAAAAGAGUCAAUGAUUUACGAAGCAUAUUCACUGGACACUACACUCUAGAUCUUACACCUGCUGGUGACGAGGCUGCAGAGAAAGCCAUUGCUAACCCGAUGAAGUAUGUUAUGAAACCACAAAGAGAAGGAGGAGGCAAUAAUCUGUUCGGGGAGAAGAUGAAGGAUGCAUUGGAGAAACUUCGAGGAUCACCGGAGAGGGCGGCCUAUAUGCUGAUGGACAGGUUCAACUCUCCCGUCAAUCAUAACUAUUGCAUGAAGUACGGGAGCGCUGAUCUAGAACUCAUGACUGUGGCCAGUGAGUUCGGUCCCUUCGGAACGUUAGUAAGUUACAACGACGAAGUGGUGUUCAACAAGACAACAGGCUAUCUCUACCGUACAAAAGACAUCCAGUUGGAUGAGGGAGGUUUGAUGGUGGGUACAGGAUUCCUGGACACACCCUAUCUAUCAUCUGCAGAAGUCAUCUGCCCCACAGCAACCCAAAAUGGCUUCCAUUAACUGACAAACCUCCGGGACUAUAUUCUACAACGUAAAAACCUAACGCGGGGCUGAUCUUAAUUCUAAAAGGGUACAGUUCACUAAAAAUGUGUGUGUUUAAUUGGUCGUUUUGACAUCUGCCAGUGAGGGUUGUCUUAUCAGGUCAUCCGCCGUUAUUUAUAAGGCUUAGCAGACGUUUUAUAAAGAGAAGCUUCUUGACAUUAUUUUAAAAGUAGGGGAUAUAAUUGGAGAGCUCCCUUGAAAAUUCUAUUUAAUGAAUGUCUAUGAUUCUCCUCACUUUCUCUGCAGGAAAAAAGGUACCCUGUCUUUUGUGGAAUUUUUAAACGAUUAUAUUAUACGAUUUCAAUUAUAAUUCAUCAGAAUAUUUCAAAAUUUACAAAUGUAUAUUGUUUGGGUUUAAGAAAAGUCAAAUGCGAAUUUAGUGAAAGUAAUAACAUAGACCUAUGGCUUAAGUUGUACCUUUCGUUAAUUCAAAUCAGAAAUGGCUUUAUUAAGGGGGUGAGUGAAGAAGAAUAUGACAACCGUCGAUUGUUUCCGUUAAUAAGAGAUCCUUAUUGUUAAUUAUACGCAAACAAAAACUAUGCAAAUUUAGGAAUAUUCAUUACAUUUUAUAAAUCAAAUGAAUUUUAUAUAUUUUCACAUUCAAUUUUAUAAUAAUAUGUAUCUGUAAAUGCACAUGUGCAAUAAGAGACAUGCUUUUAGAUAUGUAUGACAUUACUUGCCUUUAAAAUCAUACAUGAUUGUGUGUGUAAUUUUGAAACUACGUGGACGGUACUUGAAACAGCACGCAUGAUUACGAAGAACCUAUAAAAUAAAUAUUUCGUCACUGCGAAAUUAUUUUGGUGAAUCUAUUCACGAUUUUAAAUAUUAUAUAUGUAUCUCAGGCUAUAAUAGUUUAUUCAGCAAAGCAUGGGCAUUAGAAUAUAGCUGUAUGCUCCAAGUUUAGUUUAGACAGUAAAGGAGAAAUUGUAUUAUUUCUCUUACGCGUGUGAAUAUGUUAUUACGUUGUAAGGCGAAAAUAGUUAUAGGUUAGCAAAACAUGAUGAAAUAUUUAAACAGAAAGUUCGUAAUACAUCAUGUUUGUCUGUAAUUUCAAAGACGGAUUCUGCACGGAGAAUUGUUUUCUCCGAUAAAAGUGUUUUUAAGUGACCUUUCAUUGUAAACUUGUUUGUUGUGUAAUUUUAACGAAAUACUUUCUGUUUAACAAAUGUUGAUGUCUCAUAUAGCAUUUUUUUUAACGUAUGAAGUAAAUUAAUGUGCAUUCUGUUGUUCAUGGUGUAAAAUGCCCUUCUGAUGGCCCAAAUUAACCUUCACAUUUUUGUCAGUUUUAGUAGAAAUAUAAGAUUUGAAAUACUUCAAAGUAAUGCAUAUUUCGUGUCACAUGAAUCAACAUUUAAUAACCCCGGCUUUUGAAGUAUUUCAUCAGGAACUAUCGAAUAAAGUAUCCACCUUGUAUCCGCCAUGUCGUAAACCUAUUGUACAGUACUAGUUGAGAGCAUAACAAUAGGCGUUGCUAUAUGAGGUUUUAGGAGGGGAAUGGAGCAGCUCGAACUAAUGUGCUAAUGAAUUGAUCAGGAAAACAUGUAUAAGCCUUACAUUUGCCGAUAAAAUGCUGAAAGUACUAACAAAAUCACUAUAUUGAUAUUUGUUAUCUGUGCGUACGCGCGCAUGUGUGUGAUUGCGUGGGCGUGUGUCUGUGGAAAGGGGGUAAUAGCCUCCCUAUCCCUUGUAUUGCUCCAAUGUCUCACCUAAAAGUAGGCAUACUUUUACGGAUAGCCCACCGCGUGGAUUUUGAUACCUUUGAGGCAGAUCCAAGAUCCAUUACUGGAACUUGAAAGCCAAAUAUCCGUUUUUAGAAUAUAAUUUCUACUUGAAUAUCUGCAAUAUUUCCGCCCAAUAUAUCGGGAUAUACCUAUGCAUUCUUUGACCGGAAAAGCUCGUUAUUCUUAAUAGUACCUUUUGACAGUCUGUGGGUUUAAAACACAAAAAAAAAAAUCAUUUUUGUUGUAUCGGGAUUGUAUGAGAAAAUUUGAAAAGACCACGUCUGUCAUGUAAUUUCGCUAUGCAAGUUAAUAGGAUUGUAUAAAUAUGGUAAAAUGAAUAGUAAAUGUUUACUAGAAUAGCACUUAGAUUGUACAUAGUACACUAGAAUAGAAAGUAAAACAUGCAGUAUCACUUGCAUUUUUGUAGAUAUCUGCAUCAUUUAUAUGAGCACUGUGUGCUCUGAAGAUUUACUGAUAUAUUAGACGUUGUAUAUUUUUUGUGGUAUUUUGAAGUGUUGAAUAAUGAGUUUUGAACAAAGUAUUGAUUAAUAAAAAUGAGGUGCACUUUUUACUAAA